AGUAAAAACGACUGCAAAACCUUCACUGAUAGUAUCUCAUCGUUAUCUUCUCCGAAAAACGCUUUAAAUACUUUUAAAUCCACGCUUUAUUAGAUAAUAUCCAUUUUUAAGUGUACUUUUGCGAUGCUGUGAUAGAAAAUAACCAAGAAAUUGGCCUCACAUGGGGAAAAUAUCGUUGGAACAUUCGGCAUGUUUGGGAUGACAACAUCUGGAAGGCGAGGAAUGGCGGAAGGGUUUCUCAGUUUAAAUAUUCACUAAAUUCACGCAGUUUGGUCUUCAAGAACUUAUGAAUUAGUUACCAAAAGAAAGCCGACUACUCAAAUCAUUUUCCAGACGAUUUUUGCCUCUCGGAACGUUGUUAACUUUGACAGACGAUGAAUCUCUGAAGAUGGCAGCUUUCAAGUCGUCGUUUGGCUUGUGAGGACCGUUUUAGUCAUGACGCGAUUUUCUUUUCGCUACAUAAAAGACAAUCUCUUAUUUCGGGUAAUUGUUUGUCUCUUAAUUUGUGCCAUUAUUGGACCUUUGAUAACGCUCCAUCAUUUGAACAAGGCAACACUUGUAAAGGGACUUCCUUCAUCAAAUUCCUUCACUUCCCGUAAUACACUUGGCAAAGAUGAAUUCGUAUUGGAAAGAUUGGACGAAUUGAAGUCACAAAUAAAUGAAUUAGAAAAGAUCAAGCUCUCUCUAUCCAACGAGCUUCGUGAUUUAGAAGGUAAAAGGCAUGUUAUUCAAAGAGAUAUACAAAAGUUUCACGAAACAGCUGAGAAACUUAAAAAGGACUCCAAAAAAGUAAAAGAUCUUGUGCAUCAAGCAAAAAGAGAUCUUGACAUUUUUAAAUUAGAAAAGACUAGAUUGAACCAAUGUCCACAGCUACCUUUCAUGAAACUGCCAAAGGCACCUGACUUGAAUCCAAUGAGAAAAUCAUCUUUGAGUCCAAAUUUCAAACAUCAAAGAGAAUGUACUUUAGGAAAUUGCUUUGAUUAUUCCCGGUGCCCUUAUUCAGGUGGUUUUUCAGUCUAUAUCUAUAACCCACAGGAAUACUUGAGCAAACCGUCUGAAAUCAUUAUCUCAGCUUUUGGAAUACUCAAAGAAAGUCCAUACUUUACCUCAGAAGCAAGUAAAGCUUGUGUUUAUAUUGUGAUAUUUGAGCUUGAAAGACUUGAACUGCCAUUUGCUUCUUUGCCUUACUGGAACAAUGGACAAAAUCAUUUCAUACUCAAGCUUAAAACUGACAGUAAUUAUUCAAGUCUUGAUUCAAACCUUGGUAUGGCAUUCAUAGGACAGCCAUCAUUUAUUCAUUCUAAGUAUCGACCUGGUUUUGAUCUAAUACUUCCACCAUUAGUAGCUAAUUAUUCUGGAGGAAGCUUAUGGAAGCAUGCUCCUCCACAGCUACCAGCAUAUAGACAGUUUUUUCUUUCAUUUGAAGGCCAUACAACUAAUCAAAGAGAAUCAACAGGGACUAGAGAUCUGCUUUCAUUAUCACAAGAAUCAAAGGAUUUUCACAUUAGCACUAAUUGUGGUCAUAAUAAGCUUUCAAGUAAUGAUGGGACAGAUUGGGGUUUGUGUGGGACCCAUAAAGAUAGAUUAAAAAUACUGAAAAAAUCUACUUUUACUUUGAUUCUUGGUGGACGUACUGCUCAAAGAUCAUUAGACUCAACACACGUGAGACUUCUUGAGGCUCUGCAAUGUGGAUCAGUACCUGUUGUACUGGGAAUUUCGACUUUACUACCGUUCGCAGAGGUUAUAGACUGGCAUCUUGCUUCAAUAAUUCUACCUAGUGCACGUAUAACAGAAUUAAAUGCACUAUUGAGGACUAUUACAUCUCAGGAUUUAUUAAAACUAAGGCGACAAGGGAGAUUUUUAUGGGAGAACUAUUUAAGUACUCAAAAAUCCAUCUUAUACACUAGUUUAUCUGUUAUAAGAACAAGACUUUCUUUACCAGCACCGCCAUUACUUGCUUCACCAUCACCAUCAGUAUUCACACCAUCAAAUCAACCAAUCAAAAAUCCUCCAGAUCCUGAUGCAAUCUUAGAACUCCAAAUUAACUCUCCUACAUUUACAAGAAAUCUUACAACAGCUGUCAACUUUAUAACAAAUGAAUGGAAUAGUCCACCCGGGGCUUUAUACUCAUUUCCGAGCACACCAUUUGAACCGAUGCUACCAUCUUCUGCACCAUUUAUGAAUACAACGGAUGCAUUUGAGGUUAUUGCUGGGGGCAAAGGAGGUUCAGGAGAGCCGUUUAGUAGAGCACAAGGUGGUAACUACCCCAAGGAACAAUUUACCAUUGUAAUGUUGACUUAUGAGAGAGAACUAGUGUUGAUGGAAUCUAUACAGAGAUUGGUUGGGUUGCAGUAUUUGAAUAAAGUUAUUGUAGUAUGGAAUAGUCCUGUAAAUCCUUCACUUAGUCUCCGAUGGCCUGACAUUGGUGUGCCACUGAAUGUUAUAAAGACAACCAAGAAUAGUCUCAAUAACCGGUUUAUCCCGUAUGACGUGAUUGAAACUGAUGCCAUUCUGUCUAUUGAUGAUGAUGUAGAGCUACGUCAUGAUGAGAUUCUGCUGGCAUUCAGGGUUUGGCGUGAGAAUCGGGAUAGAAUUGUUGGUUUUCCUGGUCGAUUCCAUGCUUGGGAUAGCGAGAAGAAAAGCUGGCUUUAUGCAUCUCGCCAUUCUUGUGAACUUUCUUUAAUUCUGACUGGUGCAGCAUUUAUUCAUAGGUACUAUUUAUACCUUUACACACAUUGGAUGCCAGAAACUAUAAGACACAAAGUUGAUGAAUAUAUGAAUUGUGAAGACAUUGCAAUGAAUUAUUUGGUAUCUCACAUAACAAGAAAACCUCCGCUCAAGGUAACAUCACGUUGGACAUUUCUGUGCUCAUCUUGUCCUGUGGCACUAUGGGAAGAUAGGACUCAUUUUGAGGAGCGUGAUCAGUGCAUGAAUUUCUUCGCCAGAGUAUUUGGUUAUAUGCCUUUACUGAGGACCCAGUACCGUGCAGAUUCUGUGCUCUUUAAAACUAGAAUUUCGUCUUCAGAGAGCAAGUGCUUUAAGUAUGUUUGAAAUACUUGUGUAAAUAUUGGUAAAACAAGACAAAAUAAUGUUUUUCCAAUAAUUUCAGUACUAUAGUCCAUGGAAUAAGUGUUUAGCUCAUUUUUCACAUAUAUUUUGUAUGCAUAUUGAAUUAUUAUUAAAAAAACAACUAUAUGUAAAUUAUACUAUAUAAAGUAUUAUAAUAUUAUUUUGACAGCUUUAUGGGAAAAUACAUAGGAUUAGUAACACUUUUAUCGUACAAAUAUUUUAUUAUGGUUUUUUGACAUACUAAGUUUAUGACUAUUAUUUUGUUUUUGUUUAAAAAAGUUAACAACAACUUCGGUGUGGCAUACACUACAAUAAUAUAUUAUGUUCUAAAAAGACAACUAAUAUAUGAAAUAAUAAAGAUCUACAUUAUGUUUAAAGAAUAUGUUGUCAUUUCUUUUCUCUCUCAGGCCUCCUCCUCCAUAUAAUGUUUAUUUUCAGUAAGAAUUCAUAGCAUACAAAAACCAAUUUCUAGUUUUAUAAGCAAGACAAAAAUGUAGAUAGAUAGAUAGAUAGAACAUUUAUUAAAACAUGACACCUAGCAGUCAUCUGGUUGAAUUACUACAAUAAAAAAUAAUGUAAUGCAA